CUUCAUCCUUCUUUGAUUUACCAUUUUUUUUAUUAUCACCAUGGGAGAGGUGGCAGUAGAUCCAGCUUUCAUCCAAGAGGUUGAGCACAGGCCAAAGCCCACCACCUCUGAAGCCCAAGGCGUCCCCAUCAUCGACCUCUCCGUACUGACGGGCUCCUCCCCGGCGGCCGGCGGCGGAGCUCAUCAGCUUCUUGGUGAUCUGGUUUCCGACAUCGGAGAGGCAUGCAAGAACUGGGGGUUCUUCCAGGUGAUCAACCACGGCGUCCCGUCAGAGAUCCGGGAGAAGAUGGAGCUGGCUUCAAGGCAGUUCUUCGCGUUGACCAAGGAGGAGAAAGGUAAGGUGAGGCGGGAUGAAGUGAACCCGUACGGGUAUUAUGACACAGAGCACACCAAGAAUGUGAGGGACUGGAAAGAAGUGUUUGAUUUUACUGUCCAGAUUCCGACUUUGAUUCCGGUCUCCCCUGAGCCCAAUGAUGAGGUGGUCAAGGAGUUGACUAACCAGUGGCCAGAUUAUCCCCCAAACAUGAGGGAAGUGUGUGAAGAAUAUGCAAGAGAAGUACAAAAGCUUGCUUACAAGGUAUUGGGACUCAUAUCGCUGAGCUUAGGGUUGCCAGAGAAGCGAUUGGAGGGAUUCUUCAAGGACCAAACAAGUUUUGUGAGGUUGAACCACUACCCACCUUGCCCCGCCCCUCAGCUAGCUCUUGGAGUAGGGCGUCAUAAGGAUGCAGGGGCAUUGACCAUACUGGCUCAAGAUGAUGUUGGUGGGCUCCAAGUGAGAAGGAAAGUUGAUGGAGAAUGGGUUUUUGUCAAGCCUACCCCAGAUGCUUAUAUCAUUAAUGUUGGCGACAUUAUUCAGGUUUGGAGCAAUGACAAAUAUGAGAGUGUGGAUCACAGAGUCAAGGUAAACUCCGGGAGAGAGCGGUUUUCGAUCCCGUUCUUCCUCAACCCUGCACACUAUACAUCAGUGGAGCCUCUUGAUGAACUAGUCAAUGGGUUAGAAGGCAAUGACCCUGCAAAGUACAAAGCUUAUAACUGGGGAAAGUUUUACACCACUCGAAAGACCAGUAAUUUCAAAAGGCUUGGAGUUGAGAACAUUCAAAUUUAUCAUUUCAAAAUUGAUCAACAGCAGCCCAAGCUAGUUGCCCCUUAGGUCUAUAUGUGUAAGACAUAUAGCCUUUUGAUUUUGAAGGCAUUGAGCAUGCAUUGCUCCCUGAAUCAUUAUUAAUGUACAUAAAUAAGUAAAAAUAUCAGUAUGUGAUAGAUAUGCACUUACUGAUGAAGUAUGAAGUGCACAAAUAAGAAGCAGCGAGAAUCAGACUUUGUAAUCGAUCAUUUCUUUCUUAAAUAAAUUAGUGUAUGUGUAUUAGGACGUUUUCAGACGGAUUUAGAUUUUCUGGUCUGUUUAAGGAUAAUCAGCCUG